AUGUCAGAUUCACAGACCAAUUUGGACGAGAUUGCCGCUCCAGCGCCCAUUCAUGACCUUUCGGAAACACCCUUAGGGUGUCAUGAUUAUUUGGAAUCUUCACACUCCAAUAGGAACCAAGAUGAACACCUGCACCCCGAUGAAAGACAACACGAGCGGAAAUUUCAGGAUUCCAGAGUCGAGAGCGAAUAUCAUAGCUCGAAAGUCUGGCGCAAUAUACAUAUCAUCAGUCACCUCACCCUUUUUUCAUUCAUCGGGACGCUACUCCGGAUUGCGAUCGAGUUCUUGACUUUCUAUCCUGGCGCUCCUAUCAGCACUAGUGUACUGUGGGCAAACUUCGGAGGAAGUUUGAUAAUGGGGUUCCUUAGCGAAGGCAAGAACCUGUUUGACAUCGACAACCUUGACGCGAGAAAAAUCGACCUGGAAAGAAAUGAGACCACGCAGCAACGGAAAACCCCAAGCCAGCACAGAAACACACCACCUCUCUACAUUGGGCUGACCACCGGAUUUUGUGGAAGUUUGACUUCGUUCUCAACUUUUAUUCGCGACGUCUUCUUGGCUACCGUGAACUCCCUGCCCGUGCCUCUCGGUCGAUACCCAGAUUUAUCUCUCUUUACUCCGCCUCCAGCCGAGGCCAAAGCUCCCAAUGGAGGGUUCAGUUUCAUGGCUAUACUUGCGGUCCUGCUGACGGAGAUCGGACUAUCACUUGCCGGGUUGUUUAUUGGCGGCCAUCUCGCCAUCGGCAUAUCACCGUGGACCCCAAGUAUAUCACUGAAAGUCUUGAGGGUUCUGAAUCAUUUGGUGCUCGCCUUAGCUAUCCUAGCAUGGGUGGCAGUCAUAUGUCUUGUCGUCUUACUUUCGAACUAUGGAGAAGGGAGUACGAUAUGGAGCGCCGAAUUGUGGAGAGGUCCAGUCCUCUAUUCCUUGGUCUUCUCUCCACUUGGAUGUCUGGCUCGGUUCUUUCUUUCGCUCAAUCUCAACGGAAAAAUUCCUUCGUUCCCACUUGGCACAUUUGCUUCAAAUAUCUUUGGUACUAUGGUGCUUGGAAUGGCAUACUCUGCAACAUGCUUCGAUCGGUGGUUCCGCUCUCGGCGGCGGAAGCAUACUCGGUUGCCAGGUCCUGCAAGGGAUCAUGGAUGGUUUCUGUGGAUGUCUGACAACUGUUAG